CAUUCAUUCAAGCUGUGUAUAGCGGCCGACUUUCGUCAACGCCAGUCUACUCACAUAUCUAGAUAUCGUGAGGUAGUCAGAUAGAUAGCUGACUUGUUGCAGCUCCGGAAGUUUUCCGAGUUACCGAUAUUCUCCGUUUCCGGAACACUCUGCACGUGAAGAACUGAAGAAGUCUCUAGGCAAGAAAGCAGGAAGUAAGAGAGGCAAAGUUUAUCAUUACACACUGCUCACGGCGAAGUCAUAACCGAUUAAAUAAAAAGUUAGAAAGAAGUUGUGUGCAGGAGUGUAUAUUACAGGGUAGGGAAUACUCAGACAUCCAGCUGAAAACCGGAAGAGGUGACACACGACGUCGACACGGACACCAAAACAGACUCAAGACACACGAAAUGACUCGGGAGGCGAUGAGGUGUUUACUCGUCGUCCUGGCGUGCGCGAUGGCAGCAGCUCUUGAAGCCAAAGGCGAGAGAGGGACGCCAAAAGUACAAGUAACACGAACGGCACUCCAUGUAGCUAGAAGCCUUGAUCCCGAUUCCACGGAGACUGUGAACGUGCGCACCCGCAAUGGAGACAUAGCCACUCUGAUCGUCAGGAAACGAGGCGCCAAGUCAAACCAUGCUCUGCCAUCUCCAGUGUCCGUCAGGUCGUCGUCAAUGAACGUUCUCGAAGAAGAAGAAAAGCGGGAAGGAAAAUCAAAGAAUGAUGCCUCUUUGAGCGUCCCACUACCUGCUACGGUAAGGUCUUCUGGCUUCCUAAUAGAAUAUGGAGAUAAACCUGCUGAAGACGCAAUUAGUAUUGUUGCAUCACCAAAGGGCUUAAGUUCACCAUCUUCGCCACCCGAAGAAGUCAGUAAGGUUUACAAUGGAGAAAAUAACCGCGACGAAAAAUCAAUUAAUGUCCCACCUCCAAUUUAUGUAAGAUCGUCACCGAUGAGCAUUAAAGGAGAACAGCAGAGGACAGAGGACUUCUGGAAACGUGGGAGAAGUGUGAUGCACAUUGACUUUGAUGGUAUUCCGGUAAUCCACGGAGUUCGUAUGCCUGACGAUGAAUCUGAUCGUCAAACGUGGAGAAAUGCUAGAGUCAUUAACGGCAUUCUGGUCCCUUACGAAAAUCCAGGAAUUAAUGUUCACUCAGGAGAUAAAAAGAAAACUACCAGCGAUUCUACAGUACAUCAUGAAGAUCUAUCAACAAAUAAGAAAACUACGGAAGGCUUAAAUCCAUUUCAACCAUCAUCAUACCUUGAACAUAUUAUAAAGAAGAAGCAUCAACACACCUCUCCACAUGACAUCUACACCCAUGCACGAAUACUGGAAUAUAUCAAUACCGUAAAUCAACGUGAAACGGACAGGCGCAGCAGUGCUCUACCGAGAGCCCGCAUGAUUCAGUUUAGUGCUUCCAGAAGCUCUGACGGAAACGUAAAUGGAAGACGCAGCGGCGACUCCGAGACGCAAGCGCGCGUGUUACAUUUCCCUGGAUCUUCGAUAUAUCCCACGUCCCUUCUAUAUACACGGCCUAGCGUUAAGACAUCUCGAGUGUCAUUUGAAGAAGGAGUUCGUACACCAGUACUUCAGUACGCUCAUCCAGAACUUGGCGUUCAGCCAGCUAAGGUAAUGAGCAAGCAGGAUGAAGCAGAAGAAGAAGAAGACGAGUCCAUACGGAGUGACAAACGGGCUGACGAAGGCAAGACAAACACAGUGACGCUCGCCUACUUUGCUCAUGACAUGCACAGCGAUCGAAGCCCAUAUGCAUACGAACCGGGACUGGAAACAAAUGAAGAACAAGCUAAGGUUGUCACUGUGGAUUCCAAUACACACACAAAGAGAUCUAGCACUGAUGACGGCGAGUUUUCCUCCCAGAGUAACUCUAAACAAUGGCCAGAAACCUCUCUUGCAUAUCUACAUAAACAAAAAUUAUCUGAUGAUUCAUACGGCCUAGGAAAUGACAAGUACAUUAAACGUUUUCCUUACAAUGGAUACAACACUGCGUAUUUUGACAAAAGUAAGGAAACUCAGAGCAGGUACAAAGGUCAGACUGCAGGAUCCGGGUAUUCGAAGUAUCCAUUUGCAGGUGGAUAUUAUACCAUUCACGCUCACACUAUCCAAGAGAGACCAUUCUGGGAGCGCGUAGGAGACACAAUUAGGGAACAUGUCCAAACCAGCAUGGAAAAGGUCAGCGACAUAACGCGUCCUGUUGUCGAACCACUUGUGGAAGCAACGCAUAAAAUAUCGCACAAUCUUGGUCUCGCAAGUGAAAGUAAUCGAAACGUAAUCCAAGACAAAGUUGGCAGUACUGUCGCUGCAUAUCCGGUGUUGCUUCCUGCUUUGGGGCUUGUCGCUGGCGGAGCAGCCUUGGGGCUUGGUGCAGUAGCGGUUGGGAGAUACCUCGAUGUUGAUGUAAUGAAACGCAGAGUUGGCCUCAGAGAGGAUGAAUCAGACGAACUGCAGGCGGAACACAAGAGAGCCCUGGAGAGUAUCGUGAGAGAUCUUAGCGAAAGAGAAUCAACACGCCAAGGAGGGACUUGGGUUGUUGCCGAAGAAUUUGACAAUCCAAACGAGCAAAAGAAGGUCUUUGAAACUGCUGUUAGAGCUUUGAACGGCGGACAACAAAGUGGAAACAAGGAUAAUGCACGAUGGAAACCCGUUGAAGACUCUGUUACAAAUGUCAGAGGUAAGAAAAUACAACGGACGUUUGCUGAUGAUUCUGUUAAACAAGAUGACGUUGAAAUAAUAGAGAGUGCCAUAGGAAGGCCAAAUGAUGUUACAGGAGAAAGGAACUGGAUGCUAGUUAGAAGUGUGAAUCCAAGAGAAAAUGAAAGGAUGAAAAAAGUAGUCGAUCGCUUAGGACUUUGGGCUAGAGUUGACGACAUUAGAAAUCACGAUGAUCAAGAGAAGAAAGACAUAGAAUCGAUUGUUGGAACAUUAGCGGAACAUGAAGGUAUUGGGCAUCAAGAAGGCAGUUGGAUUGUGACGGAAGACGAGAACGAAGAGCGGAAAGGAAGAUGGGCACUCGGCAAAGAUGAUAUCCCAUCCAAAGAAAAGCAGACUAAAGCGAAGAGGUCGCUAAAUAACGAAGUGAUUGUUUUUGUCGAAGAAGAUCCCGAUUUUAAGUCUCGCGAAAGGAUUUCAAUGAAAGAACCGGACAUAUCAAACACUCAUUUAAGAACGCAGAGGGAAUUAAAUCAAGAAAUGCGUGUACGAAUGGGCCAGAAAUUAGAUGAACGAAUUAUUAAUUUUGAUAUUGCUGAGAACAAAGAACAUAGACUGGUCAAGAGGUCUGCAGAAAAGUCAGUAAGGAAGACCGAUGUAACAAUACAGCAACUACCUGUAAGUUCUAAUCACGUCAUUUCGAAGAGAUCAACAGAAGAUCGUCCUCAACAAUCAGAUAACAAAGGAGAUGCUUUUUCUAGACUGGAGGACGGAGAACAACAUUUGGAAUCAGGUCAACAGGAAAUACUGGCCAGCAUGUCGAGGUUUGUUGACCACAAGGGCGACUGGAGCAACACUCCCUGUGCUAAGAAAAUCUUCUGUGACGUCAUGGUGAAACAGCCACCUGAUGCUCUUAUGCUCAUGGAAAAGAAAAUGACGACAUUCCUAUCACUAAUUCAACCCAAUGAAGAGGUGUUAUACCACCUGAGUGACGUCAUGGACGCUGUUAAGAGACACGACUGCUCUGAGUUCACCUGCGCCGGCGCUGUAGACUCGCCCCUUCCAGUUCCGAGAUAGAACAGUGAAAACAAGAAG